AUGGCAGAGGAGCUCCGUCCGUGGACCAACUGCUUCAUCUCCGAGGCCGCCUCUGCCCGCGAGAACGACGCCCUCACCCGUGCCCUCCGGAUGUCCUUCUUCUCCGGCCUCUCCUCCUCCUCCGUCGCCGUCCCAUCGCCCGAUUUACUCUCCUUCGGCACCUCCUCCCCCUUCCUCCUGCUCCCCGACCCUCCCUUAGCGCGGAUCGGGAAGAAGCGGAAGACCCGGCCGUGCAAGCGCUCGCCGACCACCUACAUCGCCACCGACCCGACCAACUUCCGCCAACUGGUCCACCAGGUGACCGGCGCCGGGGCCGGUGGCGGUGCGGAGGGCAACCGAGACGAAGAUCCGCCGCUCCCUGACGUCCAGGGGAGCUACUUCCUUCCGACGCUGGACACGUCGGCGUGCUUGCUGAACCGGAUAGAGCAGGGCCCUGAGAUCGGCCCGGUCGAUCACGCUUGGGUUCUCCCCGACGUCGACGCGGUCGUCCUCUGA